AUGCCUGUGAUCAGGGAUAUUUUCCUCCUCUGCAGCCUGCUGGCCCUUUCACAAGGAUUUCGAAUAAUUCCUCCGCUUGCCAAAGUAGGGGUAGAUGAUAUUACAGUGUCACAAGCCAAACGUGACCUCCAGAAACCAUCAGGUGGUCUCCUUGGCAAAGGUGGUGCUGUUGGCAGUCUCCUCGGCAAAGAUGGUGCUGUUGGCAGUCUCCUCGGCAAUGAUGGUGCUGUUGGCAGUCUCCUCGGCAAAGAUGGUGCUGUUGGCAGUCUCCUCGGCAAAGAUGGUGCUGUUGGCAGUCUCCUCGGCAAUGAUGGUGCUGUUGGCAGUCUCCUCGGCAAUGAUGGUGCUGUUGGCAGUCUCCUAGGCGGAGAUGGUGUCCUUGGUGGUCUCCUUGGUGGAGAUGGUGCUGUUGGUGGUCUCCUUGGUGAAGAUAGUGUCCUUGGUGGUCUUCUUAGUGGAGAUAGCGUCCUUGGUGGUCUCCUUGACAGAGAGGGUGUCCUUGGUGGUCUCCUCGACAGAGAGGGUGUCCUUGGUGGUCUCCUUGACAGAGAGGGUGUCCUUGGUGGUCUCCUCGACAGAGAGGGUGUCCUUGGUGGUCUCCUCAACAGAGAUGGUGUCCUUGGUGGUCUUCUUGGCAAAGAAGGUCUUGUUGAUGCCCUCCUUGGCAAAGAUGGUCUUGUUGAUACUCUCCUUGAAGUAGUCCUUGACAUUCUCCUUGGCAAAAAUGGGCUCCUUGGCAAAAAUGGUCUUGUUGGCAGUCUGCUUGGUGGAAGAUCUGCCGGAGAUCUCACAGGGCCAAGGAUUCUGAACAACACCCUCCCCAAAAUAAGUCUGCGCUCCCUGCCAGGCUUUGGGCACCAAAUUGACUUCAACACCCGGCUGCUGGUAGAGACCACCAGUGUGCCGGGCCAGGAGCUCUGUGCGCAGCUGGAAGCAGAUGUGGCCAUGCUGGUCCAGGACAAGUGGGCAGCUUCUCAGAGCAAUAAGGAUUGCAAGACUGUUGACAUGACCAUCCGUCUGAGACCUGAAGUACCCCUUCUGGAUCAGCCUUUAAAACACCUCCUUAGCAAUGCCCUGCGUGAGGUGGGCUGCAAGAUUGUCAACACCAGGAUCAACGCGUUGAGCACGCUGCUCAACUCCCCGGGCUCUGUGCUCUCACUCGGGGCUCUGGGAGAUCUGCCUCUCUUUUCCAUCGUUGGUGAUGAUGCUAUCCAGCUGGAUCUAAACCUCCUCGGUGGGGACAUGCAGAGCAGCAUGGUGGCCUCCACGCGAUUACCACAGCUCACUGCCACCCUGCUGCUGGCCACGGGCCACCCGCCGCGGCUCAGCCUCUCCCCACGUACCCUCAGCACCCUGCUGGAGCCCAUCCAGGGGCAGGGAGCCUUCAACCUCAGCAUCACCGACUCAAUGGUACCCAAUAGCAACUUGCUGUCCACGGCCGCCCUUCUCCCCUUCAUCCCCCAGCUCACCAGCAUCCUUCCCAACACUCUGCCACUGGAGCUGCGUGUGCAGGUAGCCAACGAGCCUGUGGUGGCCGUGAGAGAAGGAAGAGUCACCACCACCCUCAAAGCCACAAUAGACAUCCUCAGUCCCUCCCUGCAGUCCUUGCAGAAGCCUCUCUUCUCCCUCGAGACGGACAUUGAACUGAACAUCAUCCCAUCAGUUUCCGAUGGCAAACUGCAAACCUCUCUGGCCCUUGACAGUAUCAGCCUGACGCGGGCACCCCUGAGACUCGACGCAGCCAGUGCGUCCUUGCUCACAGGAUGGCUCAAGCAAGUCCUCCAGGCUGCCUACGUCCCUGCCAUUAACGAUGUCUUGUCUGUGGCAAUCCCUCUGCCCAACGUUCUCAACGCCAGCCUCAGAAGCGCCAAGGUGGACAUCACGGAUGUAAAUGACUCUUCUGAACAGACUGAUCUUAGAAGAUUCUGCUCGGGUGGACCCAUGUCCCCGCUUGCUGAGUGAGGCAGGCGCCGCAUCGCCAGCCCCAGAGUUCCUUUACCUCCGCUGUCUCCGUCUCCCCUUUUCCCUGAGCAUUGCCCUGUGUCAUCGCUGUGACCAAGGGGACAGGUGACAUCUCUGGUCCUGGCCAAGCCUGGCAGCGGGGCAGGAAAAGCUUCUCAGCUGAUAGAUGUUGGGAGGGUUUCUGUAGCCACUUCUGACACCCGCAGUUGGAAAGCAGAGCUUGCUCCUAGUCACAAAGAUUGCUCUCAUAUUACUCUUUCA